CUUGUUUUAAAUUUGAUCUACCCACUUUACGAGCCUAUUCCACUACUCACAAAACAUAGUCGAUGACAAACUAGAACGCCUUCUACACAUUGCUGCAAUAAUAUCUGUAAAAAAAAUACGAAACGAAAUGUCAAUUCACCGCGAGAGUCACAUUGAACGAAAAACCGCAUAAGGCUCAUAUCUUUAUAAAUGUUUCAAAAAUUCACGUAUAGCAUUUUUUGCUAGCAGUUGGCCUCCCACAUCAGACGACCCAUAUCUACGUCUGAUUUGGAACCCAGAAUACCUUACGUAUUAUCAAGUUUAUUCAAUUGUAGGGUCAUCACAUUUAUAUCCAUAUAUUGAGUUCAGCAACAAUAUUUUUUUGGACACCAAGAAAAAUGUGUUGUUAUCAUUGUCACUGAUAGAUACGUUUUCUCAGCUGUUCAAUGAUACGAGCCCAAUUCGUCGAAUUUCUACAAUUUUCAACAUACUCCUUCAGUAAUUAUUGGCGAGAUAUCGAAUAAUAGGCGACAGCGUACCCUCCGUUAAAAAUUACAACAACUUCUUUGUCGAUUUUAUUUUUGUUCUUUGUUAAUAUUGUCUCCAAAAAAAAACUGUUCCCACAUGCGCUACAUCGGCACCGCUCAUCAUAACGUCGAUUGGUCGUCGCCAGUAUAUACAUAUCAUACAGCAUGGAAGGCUUUAUCAAAAAUUCGUUCAAUGUCAAACAUCACAAAGAAGCAUCCGUUUCAAUUUUCUACCCCACAACGAAUCACCUCUAAAUUACAUUUAUCUAACCACAGCAUAUAUAGAUCCUGCUGGAUAAAAGUCCGGUCACUAUAUAUUUGUAUUUAAAAAAAAACACUCAGUAUUUUAUUAAGAACUAUCAUAUAUACACAUCAUAUUUGGAGUUAUUUUACUAUCUGAAGCAAAGUGCGGGAUACCGCUAUGUCUCUUUACGUGCUUGGUUGACGUGCGUGAGACGAUGAACGCUGUGCUUAUGUUGUGACUGCUGGUUUUCACAGCGUUACUGGGCUGAGCCGUAGACAUUUCUACAAUUCAGCUCAGGCUUCUAUUAAGCCAAAGCGAGGCUUCUCCCGCAAUCAUCGUGUGGAGAACAGUUCGUACCGAGUAUCCAGUAGCUACGAUCGACAGCGAAAGCACAUGAAAACAAUAACAAAAAAGAACUGCUGUUUACAGUUACUCUAUCUGAAAGUAUUUUUUACCCGCUUUCCUGCCUGCGGCCUGGGUUUGCCACCUGUGGCUAGGCAAAGUGGUUAGUCAUGCUAAUGCUAGGGUUAGCUGACCAGGUGUCGAGCAAGAUACAUAGAUCAAUUUACCACAGAACAGUUCGUCUCGCUCAUCGUGUACGAGCCUCAGCGAGGUAUUGUUUCAAUGCAGUAACGGCGGCAGCACCCCCUGCGGCCUCAGGUUUUCUAGUGCGAAGUCAACUUGCCUUCGCCUCAAAGCCGAAGGCCAGAGCAGGGAGCGGCGGGAAGAAACUGGAAAUUAUGGUUGAUCGAAUGAAGCAAGAGGUCCAACGGCUGCGCCGAGUUAGGAUGGCCACUCUGUGCGAUGCCAUUGAAAUGGCAAAAUGCGAACAGCACGCAAGCUUAGAAAAUACCACGAUGGUUCAGAUUCUACGAUUUACUGGCAGGUUUCUUCGACAGCUUCCGCCAGAUGUUCGUAUGGAGUUAACAGAAGUCGUAUGGAGCCUUGCCGAUCACGCAAGCCUCGACAUCUCGCACUAUAAUGUACUACUGCAGGUAUAUCUCGAAAAUGGGACACUAUUCGAUCCGCUGGCGUUUCUUGAGACCCUGAACGAAAGUAGCCUUACGCCCAACUAUAUAACAUAUCAGAGGCUAUUACAACGGUACUGCGAUUCGGCCGAUCUCGGUGGUGCCAAGAUGAUUUAUGAACUCAUGAAAAAUGAAGAACUACCUGAAUCAGAAUGUGUCUUAAACGCUUUAGUUAAGGGGCACGUUCUCGCGGGAGAUGAAAUAUCCGCUCGCAAAGUCAUCGACUAUAUGGCUAGGUCUGAGAAAACGCCCCCGACGAACGAAACGUACACCGAUUUGGCUCGGAGUUUCAUCGAAAAAGGAUACACAGACAAAGCGCUAGAGGCCAUCGAGGGCCGUUCUUUAUCAGACGGGCAGAUUCUCCGUAUUGCGGAAGCCUUCGCAAUGCGAAACGACACUGAGUCAAUGAAACGUGUGCUUGAUAAGAUGCCACAGCAUAUUGGCUACACACGAGAUACGAUUAAUUCAUGUCUGGAUAUGAUCUCGCUCAAGAAACUCAAUGUUUUCCGCAUUCUCUUCGACAAAAUUCCGGUCGAUUCAAACCUGCAAGAACAAAGUAACUCGUUAAUUUCACAGAUGGUCAGAUCGCACGUGGCGGUAACAGACGUCAUGAACUUCUGUUAUGAGUUGAAAGAUAAGGGAGUCAGUCAGUCGGGGUUCGUAAAAGCUGUUGAAACCGCUCUUAAAUACAGUGAUCGUCGCACUAUGUUUGACUACCUUAAACUAAUGCCUCUGUGGGGCGUUCCUUUACGAGGGCAUUUCUUUUAUCCUGUCGUCUGCAAGGCUCAAAACGAAUGCGAAGUUUUUGACACUAUACGCUCAGUAGUACGGCUGGGUCUACCAGUAACCGAAGAGAUGCUUGUUAAUUAUGUCUUACCCAAGCUCAACGUUGACCAGCCAGGACAAGUUAUUGAACGGACCCUACAAACGGGCUGCUCCCGUUCUAAAUGUGUCUACGCGCUAGUCAAGUACUUACUGGCUAAUCGGAAGGUGGAAAAGUGCCUCGAAGUUUUAGCUAAACAUAAGUGUAUCCUCAAUGCUAGCGUGGCGGUUCUUGCUGGUGAGGUCGCUAAUGUAGAGAACAUCGCACAAUGUGUUAAAGUGCUCAAAGAAAUCGUUAACCAGCCAACGGAUCGGGUGUCAGAUACGCUUGAUCCCGUUUGCGAAUUUCUUUCCGCAGUCCCUCAAGGCUUACUGAAAACGGCCAUUGCCGCGAUCAGCAAGGAAGACUUAAGAAUCAAUCGAGCUCUCUAUACACAUCUACUAGACAGCGCCCUUGAGGACGAACGAUUACUGAAAGCUUGUAACUCUCCUAAAACGCAGAUGACCUUGAACGAGCUGGAAAACGAGCUCGAUAAUCUUGAACACAAGAACAUGCGUACUCGAGGCGUGCUCUGCAAAUUACUCAUAGGCUAUUGUCGAAUACGGGACGUCGGUAAGACCGACGAAAUACUACGGAAACUUGGCGGUCAAAAACUCUUUGUCUCAGAGUUGACUACGCUCAUCGAUUUAAGCAUCUACAAAAACGACCUCCGUGGCGCCUUGAAAUUUUAUCAGCAAGGUUUAAAGCGUCCUGGGUUCUAUAUCGAAGACUCUAGAAUAGUCAACCUAGCCUCCUUUGUUAUUCAAAAUGGAAAUAUUGUUGUAGCUAAGAGUAUAUUGAACCGGCAUAUAUUUAAUGGGGCUUCCUGUCGGAUGCAAGGGCCAGCCAAAUAUCUGAUCACCACUGCCGUCGAGAGAUGCGGCGUAGAAGAAGCCCUAACGAUGGUUCGCGAUUACGUAAUUAAUUUUACAGCUGUCACUACCACGGUUCUGAGUCCGAUCAUGAAGUCUGUCCUGGAAAAUCGAGACGCCGAUGCAUGUUAUGCGCUAUUUAUGGAUAUUGUAGCUCGGUACAAGGUUACACCUCAUUACAUUGAAAUGAUUCGGAAACUUCUGAUUGAAAACAAAACCGAAAUGCUAGAUAACGUUAUUGACGCAGUAUCAAAGAUACACUCUAAACACGCAGUACAAUUCUCGCUAGCUUCGUCGUACAUCUCGGAGGGGCAAUUUGAAAAAGCUCGCGAAAUAUUGCAGACCCUUCCACUGGACCAUAUGCAGCAGAAAAUCGAAUACCAUUGUGAACUACUGGCUACUAAGAAACAGCUGCGUGAGCUCGAGGCGCAUGUUAAGUUGCUGGGUGAGCUGUACGAGGACCAAGAUACGCUUUACUAUCUACUCAUGCGCGGUUAUGUGCGGGUCGGGUACAUGGCUGAAGCAUUGGAGCUAUGGAUUCAAGCUCAAGAGGAAAAUGUCGUUCUUUCCAAUCGAACGCUUCUGUAUUUAGGACGCGCACUGGAGUGUAGUGGGUUCGACGUUCCAUUUGUAAUACCAUCCGAGAACGUUGCAUCCACGCUGAACACUGACAUUGACUUUUCUAGCUUGACACCGUUUGCCGUGGCGCUCCAGAGCUCAACCAACGAUGCUCUUGAGUUUCGAAAGCAGAUACUGUCGAGAGGCGAGCUUCUAACAGUCAAAGAGGAAACCUCGCUAAUUUUCGCGCUUGCAAAUGAUGAUCAGCUUGAUGAAGCGUUCAGAAUUUUCAGACGAAUGAUGCAAAACCGUGCACCAAGUGAUCCGUACGUCCCGCCGAGGAUGACGCGGUUUUUUCUAACGAGACUGGCGCAGCGCGGCAUGAUCGAUGAGAUUGCUUCGUUACGAGAAGUGCUCGAGGACAACCUUUACAAGCUAUAUAAUAUUGACCAGUUACUGUCUAGUGCUUAUGUAUUUGCUGGGCGUUCCUACGAGUUUUUUGAUAUUCUUGACAGGCUGCCGGCUACAAGCUCAGUCUCCGUUAACUGGAUUGAAGAAGUGCUUAAAGUAUAUCCUGAAGAUGUUGAUCGUCUUUUACACAAUGCCAGACGAUUUGUUCGGGACGGUGGAAACUAUUCGAUAUCGAACGCACUCUGCACUCGUUUUUUCGCCGAUGGCGACUACUCGAAAGCAGAAGUACUUUUGACUGAAUUUCCGGGGAUGCUUAAGCAGAAUCUCUUUGUCAUACAAGUACUUAAUCGAGUUCGUAGAAUAGGCAAUGACAUAAUGUCUGAACGAAUAUUGAACCUUCUCAAAAACAUCGCCUCAAAAGAGCUGUGUGCGCAUAUAGGCGUGGUCAGAAACCAAUAUUCGUCUUUUAGAACUAGAAACAUACAGUAUCAGCGCCUUGAUGAUUUUAUCGUGUGUCUAGUAUCGAAAAAACAUUGUCAACACCAACAACAAACAUUGGAUCGGCUUACUGUUGUUAUCAGCGGGUCCGUUUCCCGCGUUUCCGUUCCGGAAAAAUUUCACGCUGCUUGUCUGAAGGCGCGCUUGCCGUUUGGGGCGAUGCGUCUAUUGUGUUCAAGUUCACCAAUUUAUAAAAGGACUCAACGUCUUAUUCAGCAUCAAACGGUUAUUCUCAACUGCGUGAGAUCUUCGGCAAGGCAAUGUGCAUUUUCUGUGAUGACAGCUAAUCUUCAGACGCGGCAAAACUUCGUUGAUGCCUCCGGCUCUAGAUUCCAGGACCCUGCCAAUCAGCUCCAUCAGGAACUCACGCAAAUAGAUGGAUCCGUUCGGCGAACAGGCCGUGUCAGUUUGCGAAGUCUGGAUCACGUAAUUGAACUCGCGCAGUUGCAACAAGGUAACGUCAGUCCGGCAAACAUGGCCCAGUUGCUUCGCUUGACGGGCGAGUAUCUCCGGCAGUUGUCACCAGUGGACCGCAAAUCGUUAACAGAUACCGUAUGGAAUCUUGCUGAUCCUCAAAGACUCGACAUCUCGCAUUAUAACGCCUUGUUACAGAUCUAUCUCGAAAAUGGAACAUCUUUCGAUCCACACACAUUUCUCGACAUGUUGAGAGACGCUAAUAUCGCACCGAAUCGUGUGACGUAUCAGAAGCUUAUUCAGCGUUUUUGCGAUAUGGGCGAAACGAAGUCUGCUAAUGAAAUGCAUGAAUUAAUGAUCGAGGAACAACUGCCCGUAUCCGAACGCGUAUUCAACGCACUCGUCAAGGGGCAUCUGCUUGCAGACGAUGAAGCAGCUGCCCGAAAAGUCAUGGAAAUAAUGCACAGUGUUGAAUUGGGGCCCACUGCCGAAACGUACACGGUUCUUGCGUGCAGUCUAGUCGAGAAGGGAUGUGGUGAGAGAGCACUUCAGACUAUUGACGGACGCUCGCUAUCGGAUGAUCAGAUCCUGCGCAUCGCAAAGGCGUUUGCUUUAAACGACGACAUCAAGUCAAUGGCCGCGGUGAUUAACAAAAUGCCACUAACUACAGGCUUUGUAGAGGACAUCGUCAACACGUGUCUUGAACUGUUGUCGCUCAAACGGCUUGAGGCUGCCCGAGUGAUACUUUACAAACUACCAUUUAAUCCCUCGAAAAAGCCGUAUGGCGCGUUUUUCAUUAGGCAAAUGAUUCGCUCAGGGCUACCGCUAGAUGAUGUAGUCAGCGUAUGUCAAGAGCUUAAAACAAAGCAUUUGAAUAGCGCGGGUCUCUUAUUAGCCGUGGAAAUGGCGCUGCGGUUUAGCGAUCGUGAAACCGCUUUACGGUUCCUGGUCCUCAUGCCUCAACUGGGCUACAAUUUUCGACCGCAUUUCUUUUACCCUCUACUGUGUAAGACGACGAACGACGUUGAAAUCUACGAUACUGUCCGGACCAUGGUAAAAAUGAAAGUCCCGAUUACCAACGAGCUUUUGCUGGACUUCGUCCUGCCACGAGUUGACUGUGACUCUCCAGAGAGCGUCGUGAACCGACUGGUCAACUGUGGUUGCAUUCUUUCGAUAUGCGUGAAUGCAGUGGCAAAGCGUAUGCUCAGUGAAGGCGAAGUAGAGAAAUGCCUUGCCGUAAUCGACGCCUAUAAGUGCGAUCUGAGUAUGUAUUUGGCAACGUUUGCAGGUGAGGCUGCUACGCCAGCCAAUAUCGACCUGUGCGUUGAGGUCCUUCAGAAAGUGUUUGAUUUUCAAAUGGGCUGUGACGCUGAAAGGGUUCACAGGGCAGACCCUAUAGGCGAUUUUCUUAAGGCCGUGGACAACGAAAUGUUCGAUACGGCAGUUCUCACAAUCAACUCUAGAGCAAAGUUAAAAGUUAAAGGGACGCCUCGCAAAUCACGAAUGAACAGAAACCAAGAAAUUCCAUUUGGUGGGACUGCUUUAGAUAAAAUGCUGCGGUCAGCUUCACGGCCUACCAGGAUAAUGACCCUGAGCGAGUUGGAAGACCAUCUUAACGAGCUGGAAAAAAACAAAAGUACCACAAAACCCACGACUCGAGACGUCGUCAGCUGCUUGCUGUUAAGGUAUUGCCAAGCUCGGGAUAUUCAUAAGGCCGAACAGAUGUUACAAAGGCUCGGUGGGCAAAGAUUGUCUGGUAAAUUGCUUUCGUCACUUAUGGACCUCUACGUCGAUGUAGGCGAUCCUGAAACCGCGUUCAGGUAUUACCUCGAGACGCUGAAGCUGCCAAACUUUAAAAUCGAUGACCGUCGAGUGGUGGGUCUCGCCGCGGCGAUCAUUAGAAUUGGGGAACUUAGUGAGGCAAAAGCUAUAUUGAGUAAUCACGUGUUCGAUUUAACUAACUCAAGUUCGAUGGAGCAAAUGGCUGCAUUUCUAAUACGAAUUACAACAGAAAAGUUUGGCGUGAAUGAAGCUAUCAAGGUACUGGAGGAGCACGUUGCGGGAUUCGUAUCGGUCGGGCUUGUACAUGUUAUGCAGAUCAUGCACGCUGUUUUGGAAUCAGGAGAUACUGAUGGCAGUAUUAGAUUAUUCAAAUAUUUCGCCAACCGUUAUCACUUGCUUGCACUAAGACACAAAUUAUUCCUACAGUUAAUAGCCGACAACAACCAAAAAGAACUUGCUAACGUGAGGGAUAUUUGCGCGCACUUGAUAACAAGAGCCGCCACAACUUUCGAUUUGGCUAUGUGUUACGGCUAUAGUGGACAGAUGGAAAAAGCUCGUGAGUUACUGCACGAGGUCCCUUUGCGAGUCAUAAACAGCAAAGUUAAGCGCAUCACUAGGUCCUUUGCGUUAAGGGGUUAUGUCGAUAUUCUCGAAGAAUUUGUUCAGUUAGUUCUCCAGCUAACACCCUAUGAUAAGGAAGAGCUUUACUAUCAACUUAUUAGGGGCUAUUGCAAUACAGGCAACACUGCAAAGGCCUUAGAUCUCUGGACAAGAGCUCAGGAAGAGAAUGUCGUGCUGUCCCAGCACACGUUGAGGUAUCUGGCUCGCCGACUACAAUUGGACGGUCACAAGGCACCGUUUGUUACCUCUGAUGAGCAGCAACCGCCAGUAAAUCUUAACGAUAGUGAAGAUGAGAAGGAUUACAUUAACGAGAAGAUCCCAGUCUUUGGAGCCGCCGAAGAUUCAAUCGAGGGCGUUCUGAAAUUUAGCGAACAGGAACUAUCCGUAAGUCCAGAAUUUCGAGUGGAGAGUACAAACAAGCUCAUUCUCGCUCUCACGGAGGAUGGCCGAAUUGAGCUGGCCUUCGACAUUAUGUGUCAAGAGCUGCAAGGUCGUGGCCAGGCUAGCCUGGUUGGUCGUGAGUAUAAAAUUGUAAACUUUGUUUUGACACAAAUGGCGAGACGUGGUAUGGUUGAGCAGAUCGCUCUGCUGCGCGCUCUGCUUGAUUAUGAGUUUUGUGAUCUCUGUUCCAUAGAUUUUCAUUUGUGUAACGCAUACCAGCACGCGAACCGGGGCGAUGAGUACCUCGAAAUUCUCGACACGAUUCCGCCGGCGGCAAUCUUAAGCGGUAAAUGGGCCAACGCUAUCAUUGAGAAUUAUCCGAGAAAUUACUUGCGUGUGUUGCAAAACGCCAAACGGUUCGCGCGUGAGGGCGGAAACUACCAAACUCUCAUACACUUUUGGCUGCGUUUCGUAGCUGAAGAUCAACUGUCACAGGCAGAGGCCCUCAUGGCCGAGUUCCCGCGUAUGUUUGAACAUUAUAUCCUAUUUGGCAAAGUUCGACAGCGAAACCAGGAUAGUGUAAAGGUGUUGGAACGGCUACUGACUCUUCUGAAACCAACAACUCCAAUGCAACAGCUGUACGCACUCUUCCUUAGUGACUAUAUAGACGUACUUGUGUCAAAAGGAUGUGUUGAUGAGGCUCACUCGUCAUUGAGAAAAGCAAGCUCCGCGGGCCUCGAUAUUAAUCUAUGCAAGAUCAAAUCACUCAGGAAUCUCGCCGCUGAGCUUUCGCAUAUUGGAAAGGAAGUUGAUUUUCCUAUUCCAACAAGUAGCCUUAUUGAUCUUUUCUAGGUCAACUACUUGUUCAUUAGCUGAUUAGAAAACGUUCACUCUUGCGGUAAUGUAAAUUGCAUUACUCACCCACAGCAUGCACCGAACAUUCAGUCAGAGUGCAGUGUCGCGCAGGCUAGGAAAAACCUUGAAUCAGAGGUGAGAAACCUGCAAAAAUAUGCUUACACUGCUCAGUAGGCAUCGCUCCUCUCUUGUCAUUGAGGCAGUUCUUUGUUAAGCUGGCGGGACGUAGUUGUCGGAUUUAUUCAUAUUUAGGCCAAUGGCCUUACAAAAUAUGCCAUUCACAUGAACUCCACCAAACAGCUUCAGAAAUUUCCUUGUAUACGGAGCACCACUAUUUUCUAUAUAUGUUCGUACAGAUAGAGUUCCUUAUAAUCUUUUAUAAUGCAGGCUGUAGACAAGAAAUGAUCUAAUUAUUUUAGCUUAUAUAAGUAAACGAUGUAAAAAGCUGGUAAAUGAUACACAUAUUUGAUUGAUGUACAUUUGUAUAGCGAAAUAAACAUAUACUACG